AUGAGUGAAGCUAAAACUUUGAGAUUGGGUUCAACUGCCCCAGACUUCCAGGCCGAGACCUCCAAUGGCCCCAUUUCCUUCCACGAAUACCUCGGUGACUCGUGGGCGGUCUUGUUCAGUCAUCCAGACGACUUUACUCCCGUCUGCACCACCGAGUUGGGCGCAUUUGCAAAGUUGGAACCGGAGUUUGCCAAGAGAAACGUCAAGUUGAUUGGUUUGUCAGCCAACAAUUCCGACUCCCACAAGGCUUGGAUCAAGGACAUUGACGAAGUCACCGGAUCCAAGUUGAACUUCCCCAUCAUUGCUGACCCCGAGAGAAAAAUUGCCCACUUGUACGACAUGAUUGACUACCAAGACGCCACCAAUGUUGACGACAAGGGAGUCCAAUUCACCAUUAGAUCUGUCUUUGUCAUUGACCCAAAAAAGAAGAUUAGAUUGACUUUGGCCUACCCUGCCAGCACUGGUAGAAACACUGCCGAAGUGUUGAGAGUCGUGGACUCGUUGCAAACCGGUGACAAGCACAGAGUCACCACUCCAAUCAAUUGGGUUCCUGGCGAUGAUGUCAUUGUCCACCCAAGUGUUUCCAACGAAGAAGCCAAGACCCUCUUUCCAAAAUUUAGAAUCAUCAAGCCAUACUUGAGAUUGACUCCAUUGGACACCAAAGAGGAAUAA